GCCAAGCUGUCUUCCCCAAUCUUACUUCAGCGCACCGUCUCCUACGACGCGGGUACCAAACCUCCGCGCCGGGGCAGCAUCUACCUCAACAUGCCCGACCGAAACGCCGCGGCCGGUGCUCGGAGGAGAAGGUCCAGCAGCAUCCUCCAGGUCUACCAUGAGCCUCCCGAGACUCUCGAGCAGAUUAGCGACCAGGCUUCCCUCCCUAACCUCAACGCCAACUGGACCAACGCCAAAGGUGCCUGGACGAUCCACAUUGUCCUGAUCGCCUGCUGCAAAAUUAUCUACGAUGCUCUUCCCGGCGUCUCCCAAGAGACCUCGUGGACACUGACCAACAUGACCUACAUGUUUGGCUCCUACAUCAUGUUCCACCACGUCCGUGGCGUUCCUUUCGACUUCAACAGCGGCGCCUUUGACAACCUCAAUAUGUGGGAGCAAAUCGACAAUGGCGCCCAGUACACGCCUACCAAAAAAUUCCUUUUGGGCGUUCCCAUUGCCUUGUUCCUCGUCAGCACUCAUUACACACAUUACGACUUGACUUAUUUCAUUAUUAACUUGCUUGCUGUCUUGGGUGUUGUCAUUCCCAAGUUGCCGUUUAGUCAUCGGAUGCGAUUCGGACUCUUCUCGGGUGUUCCGGAGGAUUAGGAAACGGAUGAGGAAGCACAAUGACUACUACUACGGACCAAACUUGCUCGACUGGCGUCAGGGGCGUUAGGGAAAGAUUGUGUUUGACAAGAAAGAGAUUGGGAGAUAUCACAAAAUACAGAAUGGGGAUGGAGAAUGUGCAUAUUAAUAGCGAGCAUUAUCUGUUACGCGACUGAUGGCGCUAGGUACGGUCGUUCAGGGGUAGCUUCGGAGACAGCAAUUGGAUUUGGCAUCAGCAAC